UUCAAAAUGGCGGAGCGUGGAGCAAGUGGCGGCGGGAGCGGCGGGGACAGUCUGGACAAGAGCAUCACGCUGCCCCCCGACGAGAUCUUCCGCAACCUGGAGAACGCCAAGCGCUUCGCCAUUGAUAUAGGUGGAUCACUGACCAAGUUGGCAUACUAUUCUACUGUACAGCACAAGGUGGCCAAAGUGAGGUCUUUUGACCACCCAGGAAAGGACGUAGAACAAGAACAUGAGCCACCCUAUGAGGUCUCAGUUCAAGAGGAGAUCACAGCUCGCUUGCAUUUCAUCAAAUUUGAGAACACCUACAUGGAAGCUUGUCUGGACUUCAUCAGAGACCACCUAGUCAACACUGAGACCAAGGUCAUCCAGGCCACAGGGGGUGGAGCCUAUAAGUUCAAGGACCUCAUUGAGGAGAAGCUACGCCUGAAGGUGGACAAGGAAGAUGUCAUGACCUGCUUGAUUAAGGGGUGCAACUUCGUGCUGAAGAACAUCCCACAUGAGGCCUUCAUGUACCAGAAAGAUUCAGACCCAGAGUUCCGAUUUCAAACAAAUCACCCCAACAUCUUCCCCUACCUCCUCGUCAACAUUGGCUCUGGAGUCUCCAUUGUGAAAGUGGAGACUGAGGACCGCUUUGAGUGGAUUGGUGGAAGCUCCAUUGGAGGAGGCACCUUCUGGGGGCUGGGGGCUCUGCUCACCAAAACAAAGAAGUUUGAUGAGCUGCUGCAGCUGGCCUCCAGAGGCCGGCAUGCCAAUGUUGACAUGCUGGUACAGGACAUCUAUGGUGGGGCCCAUCAGACCCUGGGGCUGAGCGGCAAUCUCAUCGCAAGCAGUUUUGGAAAGUCAGCCACUGCCGACAGAGAGUUCUCCAAAGAAGAUAUGGCCAAGAGCCUGCUGCACAUGAUCAGCAAUGACAUUGGACAGCUCGCCUGUCUCUACGCCAAGCUUCACGGCUUGGACAGGGUCUACUUUGGGGGCUUCUUCAUCCGGGGCCACCCUGUGACCAUGCGCACCAUCACCUACAGCAUUAACUUCUUCUCCAAGGGCGAAGUCCAGGCACUCUUCCUGAGACACGAAGGCUACCUGGGAGCCAUCGGGGCGUUUUUAAAAGGAGCCGAGCAAGACAAUCCUAACCAGUACAGCUGGGGUGAGAACUACGCGGCCAGCUCCGGGCUGAUGAGCACGUCGCCCGAGCUGUGCCCAACACAGCGGGCGAGGAGCGGCACAUUUGACCUCCUGGAGAUGGACCGGCUGGAGAGGCCCCUGGUCAACCUGCCCCUCCUUCUGGACCCAUCUUCCUAUGUCCCUGACACUGUGGACCUCACCGACGAUGCGCUGGCCCGCCAAUACUGGCUUACCUGCUUUGAGGAGGCCUUGGAUGGGGUGGUGAAGCGAGCUGUUGCCAGCCAGCCAGAGUCCAUCGACGCAGCUGAGAGGGCGGAGAAGUUCCGGCAGAAGUAUUGGAGCAAACUGCAGACACUGCGGCACCAGCCCUUUGCCUACGGGACACUGACUGUGCGCAGCCUGUUGGACACGAGAGAGCACUGCUUGAAUGAGUUCAACUUCCCAGAUCCCUACUCCAAGGUGAAGCAGAAAGAAAACGGCCUCGCACUGAAGUGCUUUCAGAGUGUGACGCGCUCGCUGGACUCUCUAGGCUGGGAAGAGCGGCAGCUGGCCCUGGUGAAGGGGCUGUUAGCUGGGAAUGUCUUUGACUGGGGAGCCAAGGCCGUGUCUGAUGUCCUUGAAUCAGACCCCCAGUUUGGGUUUGAAGAAGCAAAGAGAAAAUUGCAAGAACGGCCCUGGCUUGUGGAUUCCUACACCAAGUGGCUCCAGAGGUUAAAGGGGCCCCCUCAUAAAUGUGCCUUAAUUUUCGCAGAUAACAGUGGGAUAGACGUCAUUCUGGGAGUCUUCCCCUUUGUCAGGGAGCUACUCUGUAGAGGGACGGAGGUCAUCUUGGCAUGCAACUCAGGCCCUGCCCUGAACGAUGUCACCUACAGUGAGUCCCUCAUUGUGGCAGAACGCAUUGCGGCCAUGGACCCCAUCGUCUGCUCUGCACUCAGAGAAGACAGGCUGCUGCUGGUGCAGACUGGUUCCAGCUCCCCGUGCCUGGAUCUCAGCCGCCUAGACAAGGGGCUGGCCGUGCUGGUGCGGGAACGUGGUGCGGACCUGGUGGUCAUCGAGGGAAUGGGCCGUGCCAUCCACACCAACUACCAUGCAUCGCUGCGCUGCGAGAGCCUCAAGCUGGCAGUGGUGAAGAACGCCUGGCUGGCAGAGCGGCUAGGGGGCCAGCUCUUCAGUGUCAUCUUCAAAUACGAGGUUCCCACCGAGUGAGACGCCCACUGCCAGACCUGCCUGCCUGUCCCUCGUCAGGAAUAUGAUUUACUGUGAGGAACCUAAGUCACACCGGAGUAUUGAAACUGUGCUUCUGUGACUGACAGCACAUGUACCAGGGCCACCCAACCUAGCAUUUGUCCUGUGGGACACUGCUGUUGGGAUGUAUUUAACUGUUAAAUAAUCUUUUAUAUAUAUAUAUAUACAUAUAUAUAUAAAUAUAUAAAUACACAUGUAUUCACCUGGUGGGAAGCAGUGCCUGGCACAACAGGUCUCCCAGAGACCAGAUCCACUUUGUGUGCUGCUGAGAAAAUGCCCAUAGCCCCAGUGGUCUGUGGCGGCCCCAGCCAACUACCUCUGUCACCUCUGGAGCUACCGAGUGCUGAACUGCCAGGCCUAUUACAUCACCUCCUUGGGUCCCAGUGUUUCUGCCAUUCCU